ACUUACUGGAAAGAGUCGUGAAAGACUAACCAAGCGUGUGAUGACGAUGAAGCGGGUUUCUCCCCGUAGAAGUCAUCCGGUACCACAAAUCACGAACUUUCGGUUGUACAGUGCGUGUGGAAGACGCGCAACAAGUGUUCAAACAUUGUUUUUUCUUUCGUAAUUUUACUCAGGGGAGAGUGUGUGUUAACUCAUUUUUUUUUAUAAAAUUCCUGUGUUAUUUUGAGACAAUUGUGGAUUUCUGUGGAAUUCUCUUGUGCAAGUUCAUUGGAGUAUUCUGAAAGACUGACAAAAAUUGAACAAUGACAGUGGCAGUGGAGUCAUCAAAGGCGGAAGAGGGCGAGGGAAAAAUGAGAAUUGAAACAUUCGACGAUAUUUUACCGCACGUCGGAGAAGCUGGACUUUAUCAAUUGAUUUUAUUCCUCAUCCUCUUGCCCUUUACCUUCGUCUACGCUUUUCUCUACUUCACACAAUUUUUUCUGACUCUAAUUCCAAAUGAACACUGGUGCACCGUUCCAGAACUCGAUGGGUGGAACCUCACAGAUAGUGAAAAAAUUGCUUUAUCAAUUCCAUUAGCAAAUUCGAUAGAGAGACAAGCAGAGGGUGCAACUGAAUUUUCGAGAUGUCAAAUGUAUGACGUGAACUUCACAGAAGUCAUGUUAUCGGGUAUCAAAGUGCCUGAUCCUUCGUGGGGUGUAAGACCCUGCGCAAAUGGAUGGAGUUUUAAUUUCAGUGCUAUCCCCUACGCCUCCAUUGCAGCCGAAUUGGAAUGGGUUUGUGAUAAAACUUACCUCUCCUCAGCUGCUCAAUCAGCUUUCUUCGUUGGUAGCAUAAUCGGUGGAUUCAUCUUUGGAUACAUAGCUGAUCAUUAUGGAAGAAUUCCCGCCCUCGUGUCAUGCAAUGCGGUUGGAUUUUUUGCAUCAGUGGCAACAGCAUUCUGCAACAGCUUCUGGACUUUCUGUCUAGCCAGGUUGAUCGUUGGAACUUCAUUCGAUAAUUGUUUCAAUAUUCUGUUCAUUAUUACGAUCGAGUACGUGGGACCCAAGUACCGUACCCUAGUAGCGAACAUGUCCUUCGGAAUUUAUUUCGCGAUAGCCGCGAGUGCUCUUCCUUGGGUGGCAUACUGGAUAGCAGAUUGGAGAAUUCUCAGUGUUGUGACAGCAGCUCCUCUGGUCGUAGCUUUCUUCGGUCCCUGGAUUGCACCAGAGAGUGCACGAUGGUACCUGAUGGCGGGAAAAACAGAUAAAGCCAUCGAGAUGCUGAAGAAGUUCGCCAAGGUAAACGGCAAGACCGUUAAACCCGAGAUUUACGAGGAAUUCGAGAGGAGCUGCAAGGAGAUGAUCGACAAGGACAAAAAACUCAAUAAAUACACUGUCCUUGAUCUCUUCAGGAUGCCCAGACUAGCCCGAAUCACAAUUGUCCUCGUCAUCUACUGGCUUCUCAUCAUUCUGGUGUUCGAUGGUCAUGUCUGGAAUAUGAAACUCCUUCAUCCUGAUGUAUUCACUUCUUUUUCACUAGCUGCACUCACUGAACUUCCAGCUGCUCUUCUUCUCGCUAUUUUUCUUGAUAAAUGGGGCCGCAGGUGGAUGGGAUUCGCAUCGAUGCUCAUGUGUGGAGUCUUCUCCUGGAUUGCCCUGGCAACUCCUGAAGGUACUGUUACCGUCGCCAUGGCAAUUCUUGCUCGUCUCGGUGUCAAUGUAGCCGCAAAUAUUGGCUUUCAGUACGCCGCCGAGAUGCUACCUACUGUUGUAAGAGCCCAAGGUGUAUCACUUAUUCACAUUAUUGGAUACUUCGCUCACAUAAUUGGACCCUACAUCAUUUACUUGGCUGACGUUCGUAAAGAAUUACCUCUGAUUUCUCUCGGUCUUGUAUCCAUGGUUGUCGCCUUUCUGACACUAACAUUGCCCGAAACCCUCGACCAAGAUCUCCCAGAAACACUGCAGGAGGGUAACGACUUCGGAAAGGAACAAAACUUCUGGUGGAUCCCCUGUAGAUCCUCCUCUCACGAAAAAAGGAAGAAGUACAGAAAGAAAAUUGCUGCUGUCAAUGCGGGAUUCAAUCCCGGAAGUCUCACAAAAAUCGACUCCACGAGAUUAUAACGAAAUUUAUAGACUAGUUCAUCAGAAAUUAUAUAAAAAUUGAGGCAAUUCUCAGCCGAUUUGGCAGUAAAUGAGUGAAACAUCAUCAACUCUCGAUGAACUAUGAAUUUUAUUUAAAAAAAAUCGAAAACUCGAAGGGUAACCAUUGAAAUCAAUUUUCCGCGGGUUUUCUGGUUUUUUUAUUUAUAGACCGGAAGUGAUGGUAUACAGUGGGAAGAGUACAAAAAAAAACUCGACGAAUUUGACAGAAGUUGAAAAAUAAUUGACGUAAAUUUCCCAUCGAAUGACUUUUAAACAAUCGGCGAACGUCGGAGAAGUGAAAUUCUUGGAAAAUGCGAUUUUAAGGAUCAGUCGACAGUUUUCGAAAGAAUAAUCACCUCACGUCCGAUAAUUCGCUGAUAAAAAAAUUCAACGCCCCAACGAAUUCGUCAGAGAAUUCCACUCGAUUUGUGAUAAAAUUUCUAACAAAUUCGUUUGGUUCAUUUUUUUUUCAUAUUUUUACGCAGAUGAAAGUCAUACUCACGACAUUAUCCUCUCUUCAUUCAGGUAGGAUCAUUCAGGUACUUACUAGCAUCAGUAAAUAAAAAAUCUGAUGAAUCGAAAUGCGGGAAAUCGACGAGCAAUUCAUAGAUUUCUGUCGCAUUAUCUCGAUCUUAUCAAAUCAUCACUCCAUCAUUAAUGUAAUAACUGUUGUACAAACAAUUUUAUGACUCUGUUCAGUAUUUUAAAUGAUUUAUCAAUUACAGUAUAUUUCAAUCAUGAUACACGCUGAAAAAUAAACAGAAUAAAAAUUCAA